AUGAAUGCUUCAAUUGAGGGUGUUAGGUUCCUACUCCGACAAGGGUUAGCAUUCCGUGGUCAUAACGAGAAGGAAGACUCAGAUAAUAAAGAAAGGUUUGUUGGCCUUAGAAAUGUUAAUGACACUUCAACUUUAUCACUAAAGGCUACCAUUUAUGAUAUGCUUUCAAAAUGGAAUUUGAGUCCUACUAGGAUUAGAGGACGAGGGUAUGAUAGAGCCAGUAACAUGAGUGGUGCAUUUAAUGGAUUGAAGACUUUGAUUAUGAAUGAAAUAAAAUCUGCACGCUUUGUUCAUUGUUUUGCUCACCAAUUACAGUUAGACCUAGUGUUUGUUGCAAAGAAUCACAUAACGGUUAAUGAUUUCUUUGAUAUGGUUUCUCGGUUGUUGAAUAUUUAUGGAUCUUCUUACAAACGACGAGAUAAGUUAAGAAAAAAACAAGCAGAUAAAGUUAUGGCAACAUUGGCUGAAGUGAGCUUGAGAGUGACCAUAUAUGCUUCCAUUUGUGAUGUACUUGAAGACCUUUGUAAAUUUGAUACUGAUCGUGAUCGUAAGGCUGAAGCAAUUCGCAUCUUAAAGUUGUUAAAAUCGUUUGAUUUUGUGUUUUGUCUACAUUUGAUGGUUGAUAUCUUGGGAGUUACAAAUCAUUUAAAUACAAUACUACAAAGAAAAGACCAAGAUAUCGUAAAUGCCAUGAAUCAAUUGAAGUCGUGGAUAUGGAAGAUGCAUAUUAUAAUGGAUAUAGUCGUCGAAGAGGUCCACAGGAACCACGUUGCUUUUGGUUCUAGAUUCGCCACUGUGUUUAAGUUUCUUAUAAUCAUAUUCGAGAUUAAAGAUUAA